UCAGGGACAAAAACAUGCAUUUUUCCCUGAGCAGAGCAUCCCUUUCCACUCUUCAAGAUGUAUAAAAUAUCCUCCAUGCUACUGGCCUCAGUGGAAUGUCUGCAGCAUAUACAGCCUUGUUAACGGGUUUUUUGUUGUUGUUGUUUUUCACUCCCCUGGGGUCCCAGGACAACAGGUGAUAUAUGACUGGAAUUGAUCAAUCAAUUAAUUAGAAGAUAGGACGGUGGAGAAAAGUGACGGUCAUCAGUAGCAGGCGAGUGCAUUCACUCUCAUCAGGACCACGCAGAUAAAGAGCAACAGUCAAACAGAACAUUUAGGUGGGCGUUAUCUCUUUUUCGCUGUGCAAAGAUGAUUAUAAGCUCCGCUGGCGGUGAAUUCAACAAGAAAGGCCCCACUUCCAAAGAACGUCCUCUAGCAUUUCGGUACAAGUUCUUCAGCACCAUCUGCAGCUUAGGUGGCCUCAUCUUCAUGUUUUCCUCGUACAUCGCUCCGUACUGGGUCGUGAUACAUGGCUACAAUUUCAAGAUCCACAUGGGUCUCUGGAGCAUUUGCCGUGAUCAGGCCUGCAUGGCACACAUUGUCCUCUCAAGCCGUAUGUUGAUCACCAGGAUCUUUAUGUCAAUUGCCUCAGCCAUUGGAUUGCUGGCCGCAACCUUUGCGUUCCUCACCAGCUCCUCCAUGAGAAACAGCCGGUGGCCUCUGUUCACCAACUGUGCCGCAGCAGUAACGACACUGCUCUCCAUAGUGUUUUUCUGCAUGUCGGCAACACCGGACAAAUUAUAUGGGAGACCUCCGAUUAACCAUCGCUACCCAGUUACAUUGGGCUGGACCAUCUACGUAGGCGUCAUUGCCUCCUUCUUGUUCAUGAUGAGCGCCAAUGUCCACAGCACCCGAACACUAUUGAUCCUUGCACUCUUUUGUGGGUUUAUCAGCACCUCGUUUAUGACCAUCACUUAUCACUACUACUCCAGUUUCACAGCAUACCGGUACAUGGUUGCUGCCAUGGGCUCGUUCUUCACAGGCUCCUUGGUCUUUUUAGCGAUGAGCGUUUACACCAUCCGUGUCUCCACGCACGCAAACACCAAGACAGCCAAGAUCACGUACCAAUGGUCCUUCUACAUGGCCUGGUCUUCCUGCCCCUUCUUCAUUCUGAGCGGUCUCUUCGGGCUGAUGGCACACUCCCGCUCACCGAUACACAGGCACCUGUUGAAUGACAGCAUAUCUAGCACCAUGAGCUACCAAUCGGGGUCAUCAUCCUAUCUGGACAGCUCGACAGUACUGAGUGACUGAUUGAGUAGGUGCCCGGUGUUGGCCUAGCAGUGCCAAUGUUUGUAGGAUGGAGGCAGAGGGGUUCGAAGUUAUCUCAUGGGGACGUGAAAUUAUAGGGGCUAACGGGUGGUUGUGUGUGUGAGAGAGAGGGGGGAGGGAGGGAGAUGUAUAUGUAAGAGAGGGCUGUUCACACAAUCCAGGGAGCUGUGCACCCUCACAAUAUUCGAUGACCUCUCAAAUAAAAACCAUUUUGGAGGCACCCUCCAUGACUGUGAGCUGAGCAGCAGCUGAAACUGAGGCCUUUCCCUCCUACAUCAUUUAUCUGCUGCGUACCUGGUGCUAAGCACCGUGAUCAGGUCACGGAGGGCCCCCUCUACCUUCGCUUUUCACCAAGAGAGGAUCAAAUACCGAGAACAUGGGAUAGGAGGCGUCUCCUUCCCUAUUCUGGAUCAUGCCCUCCUAUGUUCCCUGUUGUGUGAGUGUUGCUUUCCUCACUCUGGAGGGGUGUUUUGUUUUUGUUCUUCCAAACCUCCUGCUUGAUCUCUACGGCCAUCUGUGCAACGAAAUGCCUCUUUCCAAGCCACUGAAUGGUGUUUUGCUGGACACAGUAUUAGCUGCAGCAGUGGCUUCCUGAUCCAUUGACAUCUGCUUUUUCCGCACACAGAGACUGCCCCAAAAGGAGAUACUCAGCAUCCCAUGGGAACCUUUGGAGCUUGGAACCUGCCUUAAUGCUUUUGGUGGGUGCUACUUUGUGGCAUAUCAACUGUUUCUAGGGAAGGAAAUCACAGCUUUCCCCAAUAUGCUGUUUUCCUGCCUAUAUCAUCCGUUUAGAAUGUUCUCCACCCCACUAGAUCCCCUGCGUUUUUAAUAAAAAGCUUCCCAAAUCUGUAUAUUCCCAAUUGUUAAAAUUUCAAUGGCUGAAAUAAACGUGUGUCAAGUUU